GGGUGGGGGGUGGGGGGGUGUCGGUGCGAGGAAGAUGAGGAAGAUGCAGACUCUCCUUGGGUUUAUGCAUUGCUGCUGCUGCUGCUGCUGCUUCUUGCUGCUCCUGCCUCCGCCGCUCUGGGUCAGCCUGGCAGCGGCCAAGCAGCUUCUGAGGUACCGGCUGGCUGAGGAGGGACCCGCCGACAUCCGCAUCGGCAACGUGGCUUCCGACCUGGGAAUCGUGACGGGCUCCGGAGAGGUGACAUUCAGCCUGGAAUCGGGCUCCGACUAUCUCAAGAUCGAUAACAUGACCGGAGAGCUGAGCACCACGGAGCGGCGCAUCGACCGCGAGAAGCUGCCGCAGUGCCAGAUGAUCUUCGACGAGAACGAGUGCUUCCUGGACUUCGAGGUGUCGGUCAUCGGCCCCUCGCAGAGCUGGGUGGACCUCUUCGAGGGCCGGGUCAUCAUCCUGGACAUCAACGACAACACCCCCACUUUCCCGUCCCCCGUCCUCACGCUGACCGUGGAGGAGAACCGCCCCGUGGGGACCCUCUACUUGCUUCCCACCGCAACUGACCGGGACUUCGGCCGCAACGGCAUCGAGCGCUACGAGCUGCUGCAGGAGCCCGGAGGGGACGGCGCCCGGCGCGGCGGAGCGGGCAGCGCGGCUUCGGCCGCCUCCGAGAGCGCCCUCUACCCUGGCGGCAGCAAACGGCGGCAGGAGGGCGACGCGGCGGCCCGCAGCAGCGUCUUCGAGCUGCAGGUGGCCGACACCCUCGACGGGGAGAAGCAGCCGCAGCUGAUCGUCAAGGGGGCGCUGGAUCGCGAGCAGCGGGACUCCUACGAGCUCAGCCUCCGCGUGCGGGACGGCGGGGACCCGGCGCGGUCCUCGCAGGCUAUCCUGAGGGUGCUCAUCACCGACGUGAAUGACAACAGCCCUCGCUUCGAGAAGAGCAUCUACGAAGCAGACCUGGCGGAGAACAGCAGCCCCGGGACCCCCAUCCUGCAGCUGCGAGCCACCGACCUGGACGUGGGGGUGAACGGGCAGAUCGAGUAUGUCUUUGGGGCGGCCACCGAGUCUGUCAGGCGCCUGCUGCGGCUGGAUGAGAACUCGGGAUGGCUCAGCGUCUUGCACCGCAUUGACCGAGAGGAAGUGAACCAGCUUCGCUUCACUGUCAUGGCCCGAGAUCGGGGCCAGCCCCCUAAGACAGACAAGGCCACAGUCGUGCUAAACAUCCGUGAUGAGAACGACAACGUGCCCACCAUCGAUAUCCGGAAAAUCGGGCGCAUCCCACUCCGGGAUGGGGUGGCUAGCGUGGCCGAGGAUGUGCUGGUGGAUACCCCCAUUGCCCUGGUGCAAGUAUCAGACCGAGAUCAAGGUGAAAAUGGUGUGGUGACCUGCACUGUGGUGGGCGAUGUGCCUUUCCAGCUCAAGCCAGCCAGCGAGGGUGAAGGGGAGCCGCAGAACAAGCGCAAGUAUUUCCUCCACACCUCGGCCCCUUUGGACUACGAGGCUGUCCGCGACUACAACGUGGUUAUUGUGGCUGUGGACUCAGGCAGCCCUAGCUUGUCCAGCAACAACUCCUUGCUAGUGCGUGUUGGGGACACGAAUGACAAUCCUCCUGUGUUCAGCCAGGCUGUGCUGGAGGUCUCCUUCCCAGAGAAUAAUUUGCCUGGUGAGAGGGUGGCCACGGUGGUUGCUACAGAUGCAGACAGUGGCAAGAACGCUGAGAUAACCUACUCCCUGGAGGCUUCACCCCUCUCCUCGGAGGCGCCAGGCAGCAUCUUCAGCAUCGACCCUGACUCCGGGGAUGUGUCAGUGCAGGCAGUGCUGGACCGCGAGCAACGUGACACCUAUGAGUUCCAAGUGACAGCCCGGGACAAAGGGGUGCCGUCGUUGCAGGGCUCCACCACGGUGGUGGUUCGGGUGGCGGAUCGCAAUGACAACGAACCACGCUUCAUGCAGGAUGUGUUCACUUUCUAUGUGAAGGAGAACUUGCAGCCCAACAGUCCUGUGGGCAUGGUGACUGUGAUGGACUUCGACAAGGGCCACAAUGCUGAGCUCAGUCUCUUCAUCCAGCCCAGUGACCACGACCAGGCAGCUGGCAUCUUCUCCAUCGAGAAUGACACUGGAACCAUUUUCUCCACUGUCUCUUUCGACCGGGAGCAGCAGACCAGCUAUACUUUUAAGGUGAAGGCAGUGGACGGAGGUGAGCCACCACGCUCAGCCACCGCCACUGUGUCUCUCUUUGUGAUGGAUGAGAAUGACAAUGCACCCACGGUCACCUUCCCCAGCAACAGCUCCUACACUGUGCUGCCACCGUCCAGCAACAUGCGCACUGUGGUAGCCACAGUGGUUGCCACUGAUGCCGACACCGGUCUCAACGCUGACCUCAACUACAGCAUUGUCGGAGGUAACCCUUUCAAACUCUUCGAGAUUGACCCGGCCAGUGGUGUGGUGUCACUGGUGGGCAAGCUGGCUCCCAAGCACUAUGGCCUGCACCGCCUUGUGGUGCAGGUGAACGACAGUGGGCAGCCGCCCCAGUCCACCACUGCCCUGCUCCAUGUCUUUGUCAACGAGAGCCUGUCCAAUGCCACUGUGGUGGAGAGCCAGGUGGCCCGCAGCCUCCACACACCCCUGGCUCAAGACAUCGCUGGCGACCCUAGCUAUGAGCUGAGCAAGCAGCGGCUUAGCAUUGUCAUUGGCGUGGUGGCUGGCAUCAUGACUGUCAUUCUCCUCAUCCUGGUGGUGGUUAUGGCCCGGUACUGCCGCUCCAAGGGCAAACACGGCUAUGAGGCCGGCAAGAAGGACCACGAGGAUUUCUUUACCCCACAGCAGCACGACAAGGCCAAGAAGCCCAAGAAGGACAAGAAAGGCAAGAAGGGCAAACAGCCCCUCUACAGCAGCAUCGUCACUGUGGAGGCUUCCAAGCCCAAUGGGCAGCGCUACGACAGUGUCAACGAGAAGCUCUCGGACAGCCCCGGCAUGGGACGGUACCGUUCGGUCAAUGGCGGCCCGGGCAGCCCCGACCUGGCCAGGCACUACAAGUCCAGCUCGCCGCUACCCACCGUCCAGCUGCACCCGCAGUCCCCCACAGCCGGCAAAAAGCACCAGGCCGUGCAGGACCUGCCCCCGGCCAACACCUUUGUGGGCGCCGGCGACAACAUCUCCAUCGGGUCGGACCACUGCUCCGAGUACAGCUGCCAGGCCAGCGGCAAGUACAGCAAGCAGCCGUUUCGUAGAGUGACGUUUUCUGUUGUGAGUCAGCCUCAGGACCCACAUCAAGGGUCAUUGCAGAGUUGCUAUGACAGCGGUCUGGAGGAGUCAGAAACACCAAGCAGUAAGAGUUCGUCAGGGCCAAGACUGGGUGCCCUUCCACUCCCAGAGGACAACUACGAAAGGACUACGCCGGAUGGCAGUGUUGGUGAGGCAGAGCAUAUGGAAAAUGGCCUGGCCUCCUACAAACAAUUCCAAACUUCAGGAAGAGAUUCAAGGCCUCUACCAGAUGUAGCCCUGACAGGGAAGUGUACCCGAGAGUGUGAUGAAUACGGCCACUCGGACUCCUGCUGGAUGCCAGUUCGCACUUCUCCUGAAAGAAAGCAGAAGAGCCAGCCAAAACUCUCCACUUUCAUGCCUGUCGAUGAACGGGGAAGUCAGGAAAAGCUGGCCAAUGGAGAAGCCUCCAUCAUGGGUGAUCGCAACAGAAACCUCCUUAAUAAAAAGUUGACCUCAUCCUAUGAGACCUUCAGUGCGGCUAGUUUCAACAAAAAUGAAGAAGGCAAUCCAGAGGAUAUUCCCCUUACACAAACAGGGGAAUACAAGCCAUCCCCUGUCAAUACUCUAACUAGAAGAGAAGUUUACCUGUAGGCUAAAAAGCAUCAAGAAAGUUCUUUCAUAUUAUAAGAAAGAAAAGGGGCAAAAGUCUUAAAAUUGAAACAAUUUUAACAAAAAUAUAAGAAACAAAAAAGAGGGGGCCACCAAAGAGACAAAACAUCUGCCCACCACUUCUGACUCCAUAACAGGCAUUUAAUAAUACUGCCUGCCUAACUAUACUGUACGAUGUAGAAAACGUUGUUAUUUGCAUGUGUAAUUCCCUUUCACUGAUUUUUAUUUUCCUAAGUCUAUGGUUGCAAAUUCUUCCAUAGUAAUGAGCUUGAUUAAAAAGAACACAACAUACUGUUAUUUCCCUUCUGCAGAAGCAUGAGUAAAACCACUUAUUUUGUUUGAUCGUCACCUGGCUUGUUGAGGAUAACAGGUCAGGGAAAAUGUAUUCAAAACAUAUCAUCUGAAUAUUGCUGAUCCCCACCAGGGACAAUCCUUCAGAAACUAUACAAAUAUAGAGACAAGUAUAAAGGAAUAAUCAUUAAUAGGCACUUUGUGAAGACCACAGCUUUAAUAUUCUCACCUCUUAUCUGAGGCUGGAAGCAACAGAAAUACUUUCAGCCUGAGACUGCAGUCAAAAACUUGGCACACUUUCCUAUGAUUCAUGAACUCUGGUUCUGUUUUAUCCAUAGAACAAAUGUGUUCUUGCUGGGUCUCUUUUCCUCCUCUCUUGUUCUCUGUAGUGAUGACUUCAACAUAAACACAAUUAGUAACACAUAUACUAUAGGAUAGCAAUGAUAAACUGUUGAAAUCAUUAUUUUGGGCAAAAUUAACAUCUAGCUGGGAAGAUGGUAAUGACAAAAAGGCCAAAGAUCACACAAUGGAUCAGGGGAACUGCUAAGUAUUGGGGCUUGGCUUAGAAAAUGAAUAUAUUCACAAAUACACACAUGUACUCAUAACACACCUUUAGUUACAUUUUGCACAGCAGUACAGUUCACAAGCCCAGAUGACACAAUGUUUUUAUUUCCAGUGUGGUUCAGUUGAAUGCCCAAAGGAACUGAUGUGGGGUUUCUUUGUAAUGACAUGAUAUGUUGCAGCAGGUGCUGCGUAUGAUAUGCUGCAUAUGCCAGUUCCAGGGAAUUUUUAAGAUCAAAAUUAAAAAGUAGUAGAAAUAGAAGAAGGCUGUGUUAAUGAGAAUGCUUGGUGGGAUGAAAAAGGUGGACAAUGGGAUGAUGCAGUGACAAGAGAGUAUCACAAGUCAAACACAAAACCUUCUUUUCAGAAUGCAAGGAAUGUUUGCUAAGUCUUCUGUCAUCAAUGUUGCAGAUUACCAAUUACUUCAAUUAUGUCAAAGAUGUAAUACAGGUAUUCUUGAAACACAAGUGCAUUUAAACCAAGAGAAGUGCAAUACUAAAUGAUGUCAAGACUUGGAACAUUUAGUCUAGGUAGAAAAUGGUCUGUUGAACAGUGGUAUGAUACUCUCAUAGCAGAUCAAGACGAGUCAAAAGGAGUACAAGCUACCGUGAUAUGCAAGAGCUCUGGGCUUGUGAGCGCUUCUUGAAAGGAAGAGGAAUUGAAACAGGUUUUUGUGCAAUAAAAGCAACAAAACAUACAGGACUUCAACCAGUUGAUUUGUAGCUGAUGCUGGAGUAAUAAUAACAGACUGAACUCAGGCAUUCAGAAAGUGACAACUGAGCAUCACAGCAAGGACAUCUUGAGAAAGGGGAAAGCAUUCAAAUCCCUGGCUGUUUAGCCUGGCAUUAAGGCAUGGAUAGAUGGCUCUCUAGUAUACUGUAGUCAUAAUGUAGCUUUGGGUAGCUUCUUGCUUUGAAGAAUUGCAUAGAAAUAACUUUAAAGAACCUAAAGUAGAGGUUGGUAAAUCAAUACAACUCAUUGCAUUUAUCUUUUAAAUUCACUUUUCCAUAUAGUGAGAUGUGCCAGUAUUGGCCAUUUUGUUCUUCUCUCUCAAGUUUGCUUUCCUCAAGUAACAUUAGUUUGUGUAAAUCAGUUAAGAUGAAUGGGCACAUUUUAGAAAGAAAAUAUUAAAAUCAAAGAUUAAUAAUGAUUGAACAUUUUUAUGUUUAGUUAUUUAAGUAAUAUGGAGAGAUGCAAACUAGUACUUUGUAUGAGACUGCAUACAGCAGUUACUGCUUUGUAUAAUCUGUAAGUACCUGUUUAAAAAUGCUUCUAAAAAUGCUUAUGUAAUAUAUACACAUUUUUCUUGCACGUUUCAACAAAAUACAAAAUUGCAUAACACAAAUGUUCAACAAAAUUUCCUUUAAUAAGAUUUUAUUUAAUAUUAGACACUCAGAGAAAAAAAAUUAGGUAGCUUUGUUCCGUAUGUUCUUAGACCCUUUUUCUACAAGGCUAAUAAUACAGGUCAUAGAAGACCUUCAAAUUAAAUGGAUCAGCAGUCACUCCAAUUUUUGCACCACAAAAAACCAGUCAUUAAAAUUCUUUACUUGUGUGCAUCUCCUUAGAUCUAAAGUGGGUGUGAAAGAAUUUGUUUAAAAUUCUAUCUACUGUAAGUAUUCACAGUAAUUCUAGUGGAACUAGCCACUAUUAAUACGCUGAUUACUCUUCUGACCUGGCAUGACACACAAAUAUAUUUUGUGUUUGUAUUUUUCCUCUUUCUUUGAAAUAG